CACAACCUCACAAACCACUCACCACCAUUCACUCAUCUCUAACGCAGCAACACGGUAGCGCAUCACCAUGGGCCUUUCAUCAGUAUACGCGGCAUUAGAGCCGUAUCUCGACAUCCCCUUCAAUGCAUCCCUCAGCGGGAUCCUCUUCCUCACAUACCGCUGCCUAAUCUCAAAACCAGGGCUUCUCCUCACUAUUGUCUUCAUCACCAGCGUUGUCAUCGCCAUCUUUGACCACACAUCCAGCAAAGGUGAAAUGAUCAAGACUAUGGCCGAACUGCCACUCGGUCUCGGCUCCGUCCUUCUGUUCAUCGUCGCUAGCAGACCGACCAAGGCGCGAUGGCUCCACGCUUUCACCAUUUACGUCAACUUUGCAGUCUAUGGCAACAUCGUCAUGAUGGUCGCGACACCGUCGGGAGACACUUUCCGCGGUCUUUGCUGCAAAGCCGCUUGCCUCGCGCUGUCAGCCUGGAUAAUCCUUCAAGGAUACAGAGUACAGUGGAAAACCAUCAUGCUUCACGACAACCUCUUCGUCUUCACCGCUGCAUCUAAGAGCUGGGUUCUUGCGCACGCAGUCUACAGAUUCAUCCUACUCACACUGCCAUGCUUUGGAUCUGGGAGACGUCAUCGUCUCAUGGAGGUGUAUUCUCUUAGCCUGACGUAUUUGUUGUCAUGGAGUACUGGACUGCCGUUUGAGUACUGCUUCGGCAUGGCGGAUACGGUUGUGGCGCCGGCGGUCACAGCAUGGUCUUCGAUUUCUAAGACUUUUGACCUGAUUCCGCGUGAUGCAGGAAAGGGCCAGUCACCUGUGAGCGGCAUCACGGACACGGGUGACUUGUACUUCGGAAUCGCUGCACUGGCUGUCGCUGCUUAUGCUUGCUUCAAAAUGGCAUCCCCGGGUCGUUCAGCAUCUUGACGGAUGAUAUGGGUUUGACGAUGGCCAUACUAGGCAUAGUAUGCGGGUAAUCUUUAUUGUAAUUGGCCGUGUUUAUUCUCUAUAUCUAUAUAAUAGUAGAGUCUGACA